AUGGGUGGCCCCUUCUUCAAUGUUGUGGCCAAAGAAGUAGGAUCAAGUGUGACCCAUAUAGACUGUAAUAAUGACAAGGCAGUUUAUGGCUUUCUGUUUGCUGUUGGAGAUUGGGAGGGUGGUGAAUUCUGUGUGCCCCAACUCAGCAUCAAGAUUCCAGUGCGUCCUGGGCAGAUACUGGCUGUCCUAGCCAUGUUCUUGCUUACUUUGGCAGAGUCAAAAGGUUGCAGCAGCUAA